ACGCCAUGGCCUUCACCAUGCUGCGCCCCGUGGCCGCCCGCGUGCUCUACCCCGACCUCAGCAUCCUCUCGGAGGACGAGGAGAACCGGAGCGAGAGCGACACGUCGGACCAGUCGUUCGGCUGCUGCGAGGGCGCCGAGGCUCGCCGCAAGCUGCCGCGGAAACCGGGGCCGAUGGUGAUGGUGAAGCAGAGGCAGGCGGCCAACGCGCGAGAGCGGGACCGGACCCAGAGCGUCAACACGGCCUUCACCGCCCUGCGGACCCUCAUCCCCACCGAGCCGGUGGAUCGGAAGCUGUCCAAGAUCGAGACCCUCCGCCUGGCCUCCAGCUACAUCUCCCACCUGGCCAACGUGCUGCUGCUGGGCGAGGGCUGCGAGGACGGGCAGCCCUGCUUCAGUGCCAUCUACGGGGCCAAGGGCGACCUGGACAGCAAGCAGCCCCGCAGCAUCUGCACCUUCUGCCUCAGCAACCAGCGGAAAGGGGGUGGCCGGAGGGACCUUGGGGGCAACUGCCUGAAGGUGCGGGGGGUGACCCCACUGCGAGUGUCGCGGAGAUGAGCCGGGGUCUGGCAGCACCCGCCUGAGACAGCGGCAGAGCCGGCCGG